AGAAUAUCAUUUGUUAUUAAUAUAAAGUCUCCAUAUUUAUGGAAUGUUUACUUGUAUAUUGUUUGUGUAAUUUUUUUAAGCACUUAGAAUUGGUGGAGGUUAUGUCGAGAAUAAUCGAUUACGAUUGGUCAAUUUCUUAUGAUUUGGGGCUCAUUUCGUGUUGUCUGGGAUAAUAUAUUAAUUUAAUAAAUAAAAUAGUAUUCUAUUAUCAUUCUACUGAAUAAAUGAGAUAAAAAUAUUAGUUUUUUUAUCUAUAAAAUUAUAAAUUUCUAUACGAUAAUACGAUCUCUCUCCUCUCUCUUUCUCUCUCUCUCUCUCUUUCUCUCUCUCUCGUAUAUUCUUUACAAUUUACACGUGUUGCGCAGUGUUGCUUUAUGCAUUCAUAAUACAUACUAGUUAUGCAUGUAUUUCACUUAUUAACAAGCUGUAUUUAAACAUGAAUUACUCAUGCUAAUGCAAUGUCAUUUAUUUCCGUGACGACGUAAAGUAGCAUGCAAUUAAAAUGCAUUCUGUAAAUUGUCGGAAAUGUUUUAAGUCAUUUUCCUGCGGAAGCCUUCGAGGUUAAGAUGUGAAGAAUGCUCACAAAAAGCUCGAGCAAAAGCGUUCGCGGCUGCUUUCAAGGAUCAUUUCGGACCGAUUGAAUCAUCGCCAAUUAAUCCAAAGGCUGAAAUUUCAAGCUGCGCCACGAGCCGAUUGUAAAAACCAUCAAUUCUUCGUGACACGAAUACAAAAAGAAUUUGAUUGAAUGACGAGUAUCCUGUGUACUGAAAAAGAAGCAAAUUGCCCUCGUGUUGUCAUUCGUAAACAUUUUCGUGACACUUUGGCAUCCGCUACAACCUUAGCUAACAACAAGUAUGAAGUAUAGUAUUCUCAGUCAGAAUCAAUAGUAUGAAGCUGCACACAUGUUCUCUAUACGUCUCCUUGUUACUUUCGCUCUGCAUUCCCCAUGGGUCGAGCCACAAUCACUUGAGCAGAAGCUCCGAAAGACGUAAUAAUAGCGACUGUACCGCGGAAUCUCCACUGCAUGGAACACCCGCAUCCCCAGGCACCUGUCACGACACUCAGGAAAUUCAAGUUACGUUCUCCUCCAGUAUAGUCGAAAAUGAGUAUAUAAUCAAAUUCAACGGUUACUACAAAGCACGUGCACGAGAGAAUUACAUAGGAGCCGCGUUGAACUCAUCCAAUGUCAAAAACUGGAGGAUUAUACAGCGUAAUAAUGCAGCAUCCGUGUAUCCUAGUGACUUUGAUAUUGUGCACAUUAAAGAGACGGACAAGUGCGAGGGGCUCGGGGCUCUAAGUAAUCAUCCACUUGUGAAAACUGUGUCGCCGCAGAGACUUAUACGUAGAACUUUAAAAUUUACUAAUACAUCGUCAAACGAUUCCGAUGCGUUAGCGUAUAGAAGCCCCCAAAGAAAAAUCAAUAAUGUUCAGGCUGGACAAUCGACAAAUCGACACACAUCUCGAAAAUUAUUAAGAGCUAUACCGAAGCAAAUCACGUAUAUGCUCGAAGCUGAUAUACUAUGGAGAAUGGGCAUUACUGGGAAGGAUAUAAAAGUAGCGAUAUUUGACACUGGCCUUGCCGCCAGUCAUCCACAUUUUAAAAAUAUCAAGGAGAGAAUAAAUUGGACGAAUGAAAAUACUCGGGAGGAUGGCCUAGGUCAUGGGACAUUUGUAGCUGGUGUCAUUGCGUCAUCCUCCAGAGACUGUUUUGGUUUUGCCCCAGACGCAGAUCUUUAUAUUUUUCGUGUUUUUACAAAUGCUCAGGUGUCUUAUACCUCGUGGUUCUUGGAUGCCUUCAAUCAUGCCAUAUUUCGCAAGGUGACGGUGUUAAAUCUGAGCAUUGGUGGUCCAGAUUUUAUGGACCAGCCGUUUGUCGAUAAAGUAUGGGAGGUUACAGCCAAUGGUAUCAUUAUGGUAUCAGCAAUUGGCAAUGACGGACCUUUGUAUGGCACUUUAAAUAAUCCUGCCGAUCAAAUGGAUGUGAUUGGUGUAGGAGGCAUCAAUUGGGAUGAUCAAAUAGCAAGGUUCUCUUCGCGCGGUAUGACUACAUGGGAAUUGCCUUAUGGAUAUGGUAGAAUUAAACCUGACCUAGUUAUAUACGGAUCAGGAGUAAGAGGGUCUGCUUUACAGAACGGAUGUAGAAGUCUUUCCGGCACUUCUGUUUCUAGUCCUGUUGUUGCUGGUGCGGUUGCGCUAUUAGCUAGUGCAUUUGUAGAAGUAAAUGGAUCUAAAACUAAUAAAGAGAAGGUAACACCAGCAAGUAUGAAACAAGCGUUGAUAAAUUCAGCCCGUCGCUUACCUGGAAUUAGUAUGUUCGAGCAAGGUGCGGGAAAAUUAGAUCUCUUGCGGGCGUUUCACUUUUUACAGUCGUACACUCCUGUCGUUACACUCUAUCCAAGCUACAUAGAUUUGACGGAGUGUCAGUAUAUGUGGCCAUACUGUACUCAAGCUAUAUACCAUACUGGCAUGCCCACGAUAGUCAACGUAACUAUAAUCAAUGGUCUGGGUGUGGCUGGAAAUGUAGUAAAUCUCACUUGGCAUCCGUAUGCCGGUAACGGCAAUGGUGAACAUAUUGAUGUAGCAUUAACGUAUAGCGAUGUUUUGUGGCCAUGGUCUGGCUGGUUAGCAGUCGCUAUAACGGUCCCACCUACGUCUCGCGACUGGCAGGGCAUCGCACAAGGCCAUAUUUCACUCACGGUUGAGAGUGAUGGCGCAGGUAAGCCGCGACAGUCAACGGUAACGCUCCCAUUGCAGGCGAAAAUUAUACCCACACCUCCUAGACAUAAACGUAUCUUGUGGGAUCAGUACCAUAACUUGCGAUAUCCACCCGGAUAUUUCCCUAGAGAUGAUUUGUGCGUAAAAAACGACCCUCUUGACUGGAACGGAGAUCACAUACAUACUAACUUUAAAGACAUGUAUCAACAUUUACGCAAUGCCGGAUAUUAUCUUGAGGUGCUCGGCCAUCCGUUCACCUGUUUUGACGCGAGAAAUUACGGAACCCUGCUCAUCGUAGAUACAGAGGAGGAAUUUUUCCCUGAAGAAGUGACAAAGCUAAAACGUGAUGUGGAAGAGGACGGUCUAUCAGUAAUUGUAUUUGCAGACUGGUACAAUAUAUCAGUCAUGCGAAAAAUCAAAUUUUACGACGAGAAUACCCGUCGAUGGUGGAUACCCGAGACGGGAGGUGCCAAUAUUCCAGCUAUAAACGAUCUGCUUUAUCCUAAUUGGGGCGUGGCAUUUAGCGACGAAGUACGAAACGGUCAGUUCACCCUUGGCCAACAUGCGCCAGUCACAUUCGCGUCUGGCACUACGUUAACUAGAUUUCCAAAGGAUGGAAUCGUUCUGUAUGCAGAGUUGUACGAUCAGGGACAAGAGCUUCUGGAUAAAGAAUCAGGGACACCAGCGCUUGUACCGAUACUCGGACUUUUACAAGUGACUAGUGAGAAAGAUGUUGAGAUGGUACGUGAUAGUAAGAUUGAUAACGAAGCGCAAGCAGAUCAGAAUGAUGAAAAGAAUUAUGUCAAAGAACAGACGAGUACGUCCGGUAGACUCGUUGUUUAUGGGGAUUCAAAUUGUAUCGAUGACAGCCAUUUACAAAAAUCUUGUUUUUGGAUGCUCGACGCUAUCUUAGAAUACACAACAACAGGCUACGUACCUACUGUUUUUAUGGAUGAAAACCAUAGAAAGCACAAGACUGUCAAAACAACCAGUAAUAUAGAGAUUGGAGAAUUACCACAUCGAAUGAAGGAAAAUCAUUUUAAUCGUCAUAGUAAAGUAUUAAUAACUAACGAGCCAGCAGGCAAUUUCAGAUCUCUUCCAUUAUGUAUCACCCCUGUCUACGCUGUACCUGUACCAGUCAAUGAAUCUGUGCCAAUAGAACUUUACAAGCCUCAGAAGCUGCUCUCUACGGGUGAUACCAUGAGCGCAGUAAAUUCGGUACUGCAGGAUACAGACACUUUGUGGCUUAAGAGACGAGUUGGUGGUGCUAGUAUCCCUGUAAUAUUGGAUCAUUUCGAUACUGACAUUAUGACUUACGACACGAAAGAAAAUCAGGGAGAAUAUAAAGUGAUCGUGUAUCAAUGGAGUUACGUAAUAGUAAUAGUAAUUAUGGUGAUAGUUCUCGUGUAUCUGUGUAAUUAUUUGGGCUUGAACAGACACUCGCGCAGAAAACGUGCUAUACUCAGAAUAUUUAGAGCCAUUCGAGCCUUGAUUGUACGUAGGAUACCUGCGCAAAUGUAAUUUAAUAAUUUCGCGAGAACUAUUAUUCAUGUAUUGUACAUACAUAAAAGUUAAUAUAACGUUUUUAGAAAAUUGAUAUAUAGGUUUAAAUUUCAAGAAAUUGAUAUUGCAAAUUAGAUUAUAUUAUGUGCCUUUAAGACAUACAAUAUGCAAUGAAUUUGUAGAUAAUGUAAAUUAUUUUGAUAUAAAAAAAGAGUACACACUA